AUGGCGGAACAGGCACAAAGUUCUGGAGGGGAUGGUCAAGCCAUCCAAACCUUCCAGGCCCAGCGAGUUUUGACGCACUCCCCGGCAGUGAAGGCAGUACAGGAAAUGUACUGGAGGGAGCGCGCGAGCAACAAGCGCGGACCGCCUACACCAGUGGCAAGCUCCUCGACCACACCGCAGGAGGCCGCUACGGCGAUUCCGGAUCUCAGCACGCCGACGCUCGUACAGCCGUGGUCCCUUCAAGACCACACCGCCUCGCAGUUAGUGGCGGCAGAGUUUGGCGUGGACGUGAACAAGCAGGCCAGUGUGGAUGAGUGGUUGAGUGCUCCAGUGCAGACCAACAAGGACGUCAUGGCGAUCGUCCGCAAUUAUCACGCAAAAGUGAUACGGCCUGAAAUGUACCACUUGGUACUUCAGGUGGAAACAGCGCUGGGAAAGCUCUCCGAUGAGUUAUUCCACACAAGGCAGGAGCUGGCGUGGAUGGCCAGUGACAACCGCCUGCAGCAGAAACAGCACUGUGCGCUGCAGAUCAUCAGCAGUGGGUGGCCUCAGGGAAUGGGACCUGAUGGCAGGGCAUUCAUGAUAGGCUGGAUGCUUCAACAGGUGCGGAAGAUCAGGAGCUUCUUGGAGGACCGUGGUCACAUCGAUGAGCUCUCUGAAGACCACACCGCCCGCUGGAUGAACGUGUUUUCGGUCGAGCCCGUGACAAUCCCUCAGGGAUCUGAAUGGUGGUCAGGUAUGACCCUGCUGACAUUCAAGAGCUUCGACCUACGCUCAGCUUUCCUUGAGCGCUUUGGGGGGCAAGGCCGCCUCGAGAUCACACCGCCAAUGAAAACAGCCAUGGCAGCCAACCCUGUCAACAUCGAUGCCACGGAGCCCGAUCUCUGGAGCGAGUGCUGGAACAACAUCAUCUGGGGCACGCAGUAUGACCUGGAUCAGGCAGAGGCGGCGGCAUUCAAGGAAGCCAAAGACCACACCGCAGUCUCUGGCAAAGGCAUCAACCCGGGUAAGACCAGACGCCAUUGGAGCAAUACACUGGUGCACAACGACUACUACUGUCCGUAUCCAUUCCCACUGGAUGUCUGCAUUGUUGAACAGAUUGCGUUUUGCUGGGAUGAAUACUGCCAGAAGGUUGGAAAGGCAGAUGAGUGCAUCGGAGAUUUGGGGGUAGCCACUUUUCAAGGCAAGCCCCCAUUGCCAACAAAGGAGCAUGAGAAAAAGGAUGCCAGUGGUGACAUUGCCAUGGGCCCUCCAACCACACCGCCCACCAAGACAGUCCCAAGGGCAGCCAAGUCAACAGCAGCUCCAUCCAAGCAGAAAGGAAAGGGCAGAGGCUCCUGA